CGUCCUUAAAAGGUCAGGGGUUAGAAAGUGUGUGCAUGCAACCUAAUCAUAUCUGAUGAAACCGGUGUUUUUAUACAGAUCUGGUCUUCCAGUCUCUGGUCUUCUGGAUAUACUGAAACAAGGGAAGCGGAACCUCAGUAUGCUGCAGCCUCUUCUUCCAACGCUUCUUGAACAGAGAAUUGUUCUCGCCAGCGGCUCUCCAAGAAGACAGGAAAUCUUAAAGAGGAUAGGGUUGAAGUUCGAAGUUGUACCGUCCAAGUUUGAAGAAAACUUGAAGAAAUCCUCCUUUGCAGGCCCCCAUGAGUAUGCCACAGCCACAGCAAGAGGAAAGGCUAUGGAGGUGGCUGACAGACUGUACAGUCAGGUUAAAAAGCCAGACCUCAUAAUAGCUGCAGAUACUGUUGUGUCCCUAGGAAGUGACAUCAUAGAGAAGCCUGCAGAUGAGGAAGAUGCUUUCAAGAUACUGAAGAGGUUGAAUGCAAAAACACACGAGGUCGUCACAGGUGUUGUACUGGUUGUGCCUUCCCUCACAGGUGCAGAGAAAUAUGACAUGGUACAGUUCCAUGAGUCCACAGAAGUGUGUUUUGGAGACCUGACAGAUGAGAUGCUGAAGGCUUAUGUAGCAACAGGGGAGCCUAUGGACAAGGCAGGAGGUUACGGGAUUCAGGCCAUCGGUUCCAGCCUUGUGCAGGGAAUCCAUGGGGACUACUUUAAUGUGGAAGGUUUCCCAGUCUACCACUUCUGCAAAAAGUUGGUACAAUUGUACAGAGAGAGACAGCAAAGAUCAGCACCACGGACAGACCAACAUUCGUGACUGACUUCAAAUUACAGGAACUAAUUUCUAUUGUCAUAUAGCAAGAUUUCUUUUUAAUUUAAGUGAAGCUAUUAGUAUACAUAAUACUGUAUGCACAUGUAUUUUUAAGGUUUUAUCCAGGAGAAAGAAAGAGCUUUAUUAUGGAAUGAGACAUUACUCAGAAUUGUUGAGUUUACUCUCCCUGUUAUUGUUAAGCCCUUCUGAAUGGUAGGGUUUAAAAACAUUUCAUCAACAUACACACACUAUUGUUUAUUGUACAGCACUUAAAACUGAUAAAAAAAUAAAGAAACAACUGCAAAAUGAUCAUAGACUGAAUUUACACUGUUAUUCAUAGUACAGCACUCCAAACAGGUCAUGUCAGUUAUCUUGAUAUCAUGUUCACAAA